AUGUCGACCCAGCCUCGUCAGCAACCUGGAUCAGCACGUACAGCCGCUCAAACAGAGGUUGAAGCUGGUCCAUCGACUACUCCGUCUCCCUCCGAACAACCUCCAGCGGGUGUACUGAAAUUACGUGGCGGACCCUUGAAGAAGCAGAGGGUGGUGUGGAGUGAUGAGACGGUAGAUAAUGAGGGCAUGGGGAAGAAGAAGUCGAAGAUAUGUUGUAUAUACCACAAACCAAAGGCAUUCGACGAAUCGUCCGACGAGUCUUCCUCAUGCUCAUCAUCCGAUGAAGGCCAUUCACCUUCGUCUAGACGAUCGAAUUCCCAUAAACAUGCGAACGGGAAAGGUCAAAAGCAGAGAUCGAGAGAUGGUGGUGAUGGAGAUGUGGAAGUAUCGUCGGAUUCUCAGAGCUCGGAAUCGGAUGGUGGAGCAGGUGACGGACGUGCGAGACCCAGUCGAAAACCUAGAAAACAUCGUCAUUCGCAUGACUGCGAUCAUCACGGUACGGGGCGAGUCAACAAAUACGAUGUACAGCCGAAAGCCCUUGGCGGAGCAUCAGGUGACCAGAGUCAGGAUAGGUCAUGA